UUCAGCAUGCAUUCUCGGGUUCGAUCUGUCAAACUGCAGCAAAGCCUCCUUUCAAUCAAAAUGACAUCAUCGUCCUUCUGCGGCGGCCGUCAAAAAUAGUUAUUAAGUGCUUGGUAGAACCGUGAUCGUGCAAUCCUCCCGCGGGGAUCAGAUUUUGUGUGAACGUGGUCGCGAGUUUAGUGAUUGUUUUAAGAGUGCGUGAAAAUUGUUUGGAGAGGGGGUUCAAGAACAAAGAGAGUUGUUGGUCACCGCCCCUGGGCCUUCACGACCAGGUGCGCCGGAAUUUCCCGGAGUUCAAUGAGUUCGUAGGAACGAUUAGCUGAUUCAGCGGUUCUCUAGUUUAGGAUAGUGCUACUAAUUAAUUAUUACUGAAUGCUUGUAAAUGGCGUCUAGUACAAACGACGACGAUAACACAAUCGUCAACUAUCACGACAUUUACGUUCAACAGACCAACAACACCGCCGGCGGAAGCCCUGCCGACCUAGCUAGGAUAGACCAAAUGAUGAGUACAAAUCCACGCCACCACCAUCAACCUCCGCCUUCAUACAAUCAACUUCCGGCCACUCCGGCGGCGGCGGCCUCUGCCACACCAUCAUCCUCAACGACGCGGGUUCUCACGGGAAACGAUGUGAUCAUCAUUACGGCCGGCAACAACACCCUCGUGACGGUUGGCCAAAGUGCGGGUGGCAGCAGCAGUCGGCACCACAACCGCGGCGAACCGCCCAGCUACGAGGAGGCAAUCAAUCCGGAUGCGCCACCCCCGUCGUACGAUUCGCUGUUUGGGAGGGUACGAGAGGCGCACAAGUCCUCGACCGGGAUGUUGGACUUUUUGAAGAACGUCGUGAUACUGUUGCUGGGCACGCUCGGCUGUACCAUCAUCCUCGGCAUCACGAUCGUCAUCCCGGUGUGCAUGAUCGUGUUCGGCUCGAUCUACCUGUACGACUGCCCCCAGGGCGAGUACAUCCCGGUGUAUCUGCUCGUCGGCGGCGGCUUCGGCGUGCUCAAACAGCUGCUGCACCUGUCGACGCGGGUGCGCAGCCGCGAGGAGCAGGAGCUGGAACGGCUGCGGCAGUCGCCCACCCAAACCCUCAUCAACUGCUUCAUGCUGGGCUGGUUCAUCAUCGGUUCGUUCUGGAUCUACCGGAUCUACGAGCCCAACUACGACCCGGCCAUGGGCAAGUACUGCAACAAGUCGCUGUACCUGUUCACCUUUUGGCUCAUCACUUCGGUGUACAUGACGCUGGGCUUCGUGACGGUGGUGCUGUGCGGGGUCAGCAUCAUCAGCAUCGCCAUCCACCGGCGGACAUAACAGUUGAACGUGCUGUUUGAGGUGUGAGUGUAGGCGCCCCAAAGACGGGGGUGAGGGUCGCCGAGAGGAGAGAGAAAGACAAAAUUUGCUUCUUUUUUGUUUUGAAGGUAACCAAAAACUAACAAACGCCGCAUUUGGCCGUGCCAUAAAAUCGCAAAAAAAAAUAAGUUCCAUCGAAUUCCACUAAACUGCGCCGCGUUGGCCAAGUGAGGGAAAUUCCCGCCAUCAUUACACCGUCGUCCCAACCACGUUCGAUCUCAUAUUACCUGAGUUGAAGGAGUUAGGUUACAGUCUAAACACAAACAAAAAAAUCACGAUUCCGUCAAAAACAGACAAGUGUUGAGCUCCAAUCAAAUCGUAUAAGUUAGUCACAAUUCAAACGUUGUGUGUAGUUAUUCCCUACAAAUUAGUUAGAUGAUAAGAGACAGACACUUUGCAAUAAUUCUCAAGACGACAAGUGUGUGAA